AAGCAGCGAUGCAUCAGUGGCUACACGCUCAACCAAAAACAAUUUUUUUGCUGAUGGCAUUAAGAAGUUGGUAUGACGCUGGGAAAAAUGCUUUGGAAGGUUGUGGCAUGUUACCGGCACCUGGCUAGCUGUGUUGGUGGAUGCACAGACAGUCCAAGUCUGCGGAAAGAUCUUCAGAAGACUCGUGCGCAUGCUCAGACACUUGCUACAUCCUGUCGCAACUACCUAACAACUCGACUACGGGACAAAACCCUGCCUCAAGGGGAAAGAAAGAGCACAGAGCUGCAGUGGGUGGCCUUCUCCUCCUGUCUAGAGCUCUUUUAUGCAGACAUGUGCAAGGUCUACUACAUGGGAAAUAGCUUCUCUGUGGCUAACAACAGCACCAUGGUUCAGACUGGCAUGCAGGGAGGUACAGCAGAAGUAGCAGCCUGUGCCCUGAGCUUGCCUGACCUGCAGGAGGAGCGUGGUGUGCAGACUGCCAGCAUGGAAGGCCUUGAGCAAAACCAACUGGAGCAGGAGAUUUCACAGGUAGACCGCACUCUGGAGGACAUGGAGAUGAAAGUGAAUGUGCUGCGCUGGACGGUGGAGGCACAAGGGCCACAGUAUGGCGAUCCAGUCAGCACUGACAGCGCAUCCUUAGCGCUCCUGUGCUAUGAUGAAGAGGAGGCAGUGCAAAAAUUAUGUGACCGUAGCCAGAUGUUUGUGGUGAUGCUGCUGUGUGGAGUGGCAGUUAUUGCUUUGCUGCUGUCAGUGUGUGUGGUUUUCCUGGCUUGAGGGACAGGCACUGAUGUUAUUGAAUACACUACAUAUUUUGUAACCCAUGUUGCUGUAGGGAACUGGCAAAAUACAUGCCAACCUUGAUAUCUUACAAAAGAUUUCAAGCCCAACCAAGGUUCCAAGCCUAACCAAUGUUUUAAAGACAUUUAUUUCUGAAUUCUAGUGACUUUACAUCUGAAAAAACUAUUACAUUUAAAACAAUAAAGACUCACCUGUUUCCAAUUACUUGCUUGAAGUUAAAAAUCAAUA